AUGCAGGGUGAACCAGAUGAAACACAAGUGCUGUGUUUACUCACAUAUGAUAGUCCAUUCCACAGAGAAUAUGUGUUCAAAAACUGUAAUAAUUUGUACGAUCUAGAUCAUAUUAAAGUACUAUUGGAUAUUUUUAGGGCAUACACUUCUACAAGAUCCUACCAUGAAGUUCUGAAUAACUGUGACUUCAUUGAAGACAGCCAACUAAAAGUUUUGCCAUCUGAGGAAAUUAUUUCUUGUGUAGAUGGGGUGUGGAACUUGAAUUAUGUUGAGAGACCACUUGGUACAUUUAUGCUGACAAAUAUUCGAGCUGUUUGGUUUGCUUAUGAAAAUGAAACAAACAAUUUAUCUGUGCCAUUUCUAUGUGUUGAGAAGGUUAAUUGUGUGCCUACAGAAUAUGGAGAAGCUUUUGUUGUGGAAGUUUUGGAAGACAAUAAACCAUAUGAAUGGAGAUUUAUGGCAGAGACUGAAGACAAGCAAGAGUUUCUUUUUGAAAGUUUGGUUGAUCUGCUUUAUCAUUUUAAAGAACAUCCAUUUGUAGGAUUUAAAAAAAAAGCAAUUUGUGUGCAGACGCUGCCACCUGGUACUUCGGAGUUGCUCCAACGUGUCAGCAAAGGCAAAGAAGCAAAUAUGUAUCCUGCAGCUCUUCGUACCUUUGCUCUAACUAAAUUUUUACAGUAG